AUGCGAUUGCAGCACUUAUGGACGGCUGCAGUUUGGUGUCAGCUUGUCCUGAGUACUCAGGACCCCUGGCAGGAGGCAGUAGCUCUUCUAGAGACCUUACCUAUGAAGGCAGACCCAAUGGUUUCAUCAGCUCAGGAAUCAGACCCUUACAUGGAACAAGUCGGCAGAGGAAUAAAGAUCACUCUCCCAAUAGAUUAUUAUGAGAGAGAACAAGAAUCAAACUAUAAGUCAUUUUUCGAGAACGAAGCGUCGCCUGUUCAGCAAGAAGCCUACAAAAAGCUAGUGAGGUCUAGCGAUGAAUUCAACAAUACCGAAGCAACUUAUACACUAGCGCAGAUGCAUCUGGUACAGAACUUUGGGUUUCCGCACAACAAGACGUUGGCCUUCAAGUAUAUGCAGAGGUUCAACGAGCUGACAGACUUUCAGAACGCGUCAGCCGUUUUUGAGCUCGGAGUGAUGCAUAUUACAGGACUGUUUGGAGCGAUUCCUAUUGACGUGUCUAAGGGGCUAGCCUUUUAUGAGCAAGCUGCUAAGCUUGGUGAUUAUAGAGCAAGAAUGGCUCUGGCAUAUCGCUACUUAAAUGGGAUUAAUACGCCAAAGGAUCUCAACCGCUCUCAGUUCCUAUAUAGCCUUUUGGCGAGAGAACUGCGCGAACACUUUAAUGACACCGAGUGGAAUAUAUUUCCUCCCUACGUUGAAUCCUACUCAGUUCGAAUUCCGGACUUCAGCGGUGGAUUGCUGGGCAGCGGUUUGAGCGUUACUGCUUCCUCCGCUAAGAGGACUAGAUCCAGUCGUCCUGACAUUACGUCUUCUAUCCUAACAAACCUACAGUCCGGAAAGAUAGUUCUGCGGUUUGUUGGGGGGCAGGGCGAUUUUUUAGAAGAUGACGAUGACGACGAAAACAAGAUUGUGGAUUAUUAUUACACGGCCUUAGACAAUUACCAGGGCACAUACACGCAGAAGAGAAAUCUGGAAAAAGCAUUUUAUCUUUUGAACUCUACAGUGCAUGAAUUUCGUCCUUUCCUUAAGUUCAUGGAUCCGCUGCCGAAGUAUUACUAUGCGCGGUGUUUGGAGUUGCUCGGGCAUAUGUAUUUGACUGGAGAGGGAAUAGAGCGUGCCGAUGUAGAUUCAUCAGAAGUUUGUUUGAAAGAUGCCAUAGGAAUCAGAGAUGCCUUACCGCAGGCUUAUUUGGAUCUCGGAAUAAUAAACCAUUAUUUCCGCAACAAUAUAACGGAAGCAGUAAAGUGCUACACCCAUUUAAGAGAAUCCCAGAGCAGUACUGGAGCCGAACUUUUCCAGCUUGAUAAAAUUUACAAGUCCGGUCUACUACCCAAGGACGGCGAGUUUGCAUCACUCUGGAUAGAAAAGGAAAGCUCGCCAAAUGUCAUAAGUAUAGGAAUGCUCCCCGAAAAGUUCAUUGAACAUGCAGCUAUCUUUUACGGCUGCAACCGCGCCGUUUACGAAAACGCGGUUAACUACGAGAGUGACGUCUUUUUCAAGGGUCCUGGCGGGGGAUCUCUGGUUGCGCUCAAUGGGUUUAGGCGGUUCGUGCACUCAAGGGAAAAUCUGGUGGCCCCACACCUUAGAGAGGCAUUUGUGGAGCUUCUUCUCGGGAACACUGAGGCAGCCUUAUGGCUCUAUGCACAGGCUGCGGAGCAGGGCUUUGAAACCGCGCAGACAAACACUGCAUUCCUUCUUUACCAACCCUCCUUCUUGCUGGAAGACCCUCCACAGGUGCCCCAAGAAAGAAAGCUGCUUGCGGCCACGUACUAUAAGCGUGCUUAUGGACAACACAACACCGACGCUCUCGUUGUAGCAGGGAACAUUUAUUAUAACAUGGGUCUCUAUGUGGAGGCAGCAGAGCUGUACAGAGCGUCUUCUACACCGCAGGGUAGCUGGAAUCUGGGUUACAUGUACGAAUUUGGUCUCGGAGUGAAGCAAAGCUUCCGUCUUGCCUCUCGGCACUACAAAAGCUCGCUUUCGCAAACCCGCAAAGUUUACUUGGGCGUAAAACUCACACUACUGAAGCUUCAGCUGAAAAAGUGGCUCAGCUGGCUUUCGGACAAGCCAAUUGUACGGCCGCUCCUCGGCGCUAGCGCCGAUGAAGAGAAUGGGUCACUUGGAACCUCGCUACCAGGUUCAGGCACUUUUAAGUGGAUGAAGAAAAAGCAGGAGAGACAAACCCAUGCGCCUGAGCAGACUACGCCUUGGUCGCUCCUAUCGCGAUUCUUCUCUUUCUGA